UCAGUUGGAUCGAUUUAUUUAUUGAUUUUAGGGUUCAUAUUGCCAAUGGACCCCGCAGGUGAGCAGGUGACUGUAGGACAGGUGAGUCAUCACAGCAUCGAGCUCAUCUGGACUCGAGAACACGGCACAAACUGGACCGACCCUCCGGAAAACUGGACCUGUUUCAUCCUGGAGCAGAGGAAGGACAGAAAACACACAUAUAAACAGAUACAUAAGGGGUACAACACACGGUUCACGGUGGAGAAUCUGGAACCGAAGACCACCUACACAUUCAGACUGAAGGUCACGUGGCCGUCCGGUCAGCUGCGUUAUUACCCAUCAGUCACUGCUUCUGCAGAAAUAUAUUGUGCCUCAUAG